AACUCACACUACUGAAUGCUAAAAAGUAAAGUCUUUGGCUUGCAGCCUUUUCAACUCCAUAUAAUCUUCAUCUUUGAAAGCUGGCAGAUUUCCUCCCCCACCUCACACCCUCGACCCCUCCACCUUAAUCCCUUUCCCACAAGAAUUAGAAAUACCCAACCAAAUGGUUUAAUUUCAUCUUUCCUUAGUUUUUCUUCUCUACUAACUUGCACUUUAUUGUUAGUUUUUCUUCUCUACUAACUUGCAAUUUAUUGUUCUUAUAGCUAGAUCAAAGCGAAAAAAAUGUUGGACUAUAACUGGGGAGAGCAAUCCUCCGUUAUGCUUUCGAGCGACGAACAAAAUCAACAAAAUGACCAAAAUCGUGAGUUCUUUGACCCUUUUGCGCCUGCCAACACUCAAAAUUUCACUGAAAAUCCAUACCCCAAUCAACAUUUUCCUACCAUUCAACAACAAAAUCACCAAUUUUUUCACACCCAAAACAACCCUAAUACACUUUAUGACCCACGUGGUUAUGAAACUUGUUACACCCCACACCCACAGGGUUCAAUACUACAAACAACAAAUAGUGGGUUCAUGGUUGUGCCAAAAAGUGAACCUAAUCAAUUUUUGGGUGGUGGUGGUCAUGGCGGAAUUGAUUUUGCUACUAGUAGUAGUAGAAUUGGGUUGAAUUUAGGUGGAAGGACUUAUUUUUCUUCUUCUGAAGAUGAUUUUGUGAAUCGACUUUAUCGACGCACUAGAGCAGUUGAAACUGGUUCAGUUAUGAACACUCCUAGAUGUCAAGCUGAAGGUUGUAAUGCUGAUCUUACACAUGCCAAACAUUAUCAUAGGAGACACAAAGUUUGUGAGUUUCACUCCAAAGCAUCUACCGUUAUCGCAGCCGGCUUGACUCAACGAUUCUGCCAACAGUGUAGCAGGUUCCAUCUGUUGUCGGAAUUUGAUAACGGGAAGAGAAGUUGCAGGAAACGUUUGGCAGAUCAUAACCGAAGGAGGAGGAAAAAUCAACAAGCAAACUUUGAAAACAGCAGUAGGUCUCAACUUGACAGUAGCAGAAAUUCCCCAUCCGACAGUAUUGCUAGGUCUCCAGCUGAUUCAGGAGCUCAUUGUUCAUCAGUGACAGUAGCAAUUUCUCCACCAAGAAUCUCACUGGAUUGUUUUAGGCAAAGACCAUAACAAAUUGCUAGCUUCUCCAAUGACUUGGUUAAUUUCCUUUUAAUUAUUUAUCAUUUCAAGCUUUAAUGGCUACUCUAGCUAGCUACCACCAAGUAUCACUUCUUAAUUACUGCUAUCUACUAAUAGGGCAAAAUGAUUAAUAUGAAGUAUUAAUUAGAAUUUAUAUGUUAACCCCUUUGUAAUUUGUCCCAUUUCCAAAUAUUCUCUUUUAAUUAGUACGUAUUAGAAUUAUGUUAACUCUUUAA